UAUUUUGAUGUUUUGGGUGUAAACUCGUAUUGUCCCGCUCCUGUGUCUUUGAUCUGCUCCUCUUGUUUGUUUUUGACACCUUGGACAAUUCGAUCGAGCACCUUACCCUUCAUUUCAAAGAUCCGACCGACAAAAUGUCCCAGUUGAAAAACUUCGACACGGCCUUCACCCUCCAGGGCAAGACGGCCCUCGUGACGGGCGGAUCGCGAGGCCUGGGCCUGCACAUGGCCACGGCGUUCCUGCGCUCGGGCUGCUCGCACGUCAUCGUCACGGCGCGCAAGCUGGAGGGCGAGCAGGGCAUCCAGCAGGCGGUCGACAAGCUCAACCGGCUCCCGGGCAUCCGGGGCAAGGCGAUCGGCAUCGCCGCCAACGUGGCCGACUCCAAGGACAUCGUGCGGCUCGUGGGCGAGGUCAAGGACAUUGUCGGGAGCAAGGGCCUGAACAUCCUCGUCUGCAAUGCCGGCGCCGCGUGGGGGUCCAAGUUCGAGGACGCCCCGCCCAGCAGCUCCGUCAAGAUCCUGGACCUCAACGUCCGGGGUGUCUUUGAGCUGGUUCAGAAGUCUCUACCUCUCCUAGAACAAGCCUCUUCCAGGGACGACCCCAGCCGUGUGCUCAUCAUCAGCUCAACGGCUGGCAACAACGUGCCUCACGUUGGAGAGCACGGCACCAUCAUGUACUCCGCUUCCAAGGCGGCUGCAAAUCACCUGGGUCGCAACCUGGCUGUGGAGCUGGGCCCCCGAUACAUCACCUCCAACAUCAUCUCGCCGGGCUUCUUCCCGUCAAAGCUGGCGCAAGGCCUGAUCAGCAACCUAGGCGGUAUUGAUAGUCUGAGCAAGGACAACCCGAUGCGUCGUCUGGGUGAGCCUGAAGACAUAGCCGGCGUGGCUGUGUUCCUGUGCUCUCCCGCAGGAAAAUAUGUAAACGGAGUCGAAAUUGCAGUUGAUGGAGGAGCGAGACUGUCAGCGGGCAGGAUGUCCCGGUUGUGAGUACGAGCUUGGAAUCCACUGGUCUAGGUUGGUGAUUAGGGGAUCUGUGUUUGUAUUGGCGUAUCUAGGUAGUUAGGAAUGCAUCUCAUGGAACUGACAUGGCAUAAAUACCAAUCUGUGGGUCGUGCCAGCGAUGUGUGUAGGUCCUGCCAACGAUGUGUGGAGGAGGUUGAUGAUCGAUUGACGAGGCAACUU